AUGUCUCCUUUUGCCGGCGAGGGUGUUAAUUUGGCUAUCCUCGAUGCUACAGAGCUGGCUCUUGCCAUCAUCAGCGCAGACGAUUUAAAACAAGCAAUUCACAACUAUGAGCAAAAGAUGUUUUCUCGUGCCGCUAAAGCUGCCGACGAAUCCUCAACCAAUCUUGAUCUAUUUAUUUCAUCUGGAAAUGCAGCAAAAAUAGAGGCAGACCUCUUUAAAAAACUGAUGGAAAGUGGCCACCAAAUGACAAGGAAACUCCUGUUACUGCAUAGUCAAAAGUUGCAAUCUUACACUUAA